CGUCAUCCGACCCUCCCUCACUGACACCACCGACCGUCGACGAAGGCUAAAGCUGUAGGGGUUAAGUGGACGUUUCGGCUGUUUAGGCAGGUUUAUUAACGCUCUGUAGGCCGACAUGGAUGAUUUUGAUAUGCUCGGCGCGCCUCAGAACAACGCGGGAAAUGGCGUCGGUGGUGAAGAUGAUGAUCCCGCCGCGGCUUUCCUCGCGCAGCAGGAGAGUGAGAUCGCGGGCAUAGAGAAUGAUGAAGGCUUCAGCAUCCUGGACGGCGGAGAGAUUCCACAAAGCCUCACUGACAACAACGGUGGAGCACUGAAUGGAGAUAUGCACGAGACUAACGGCCCCUCUGACUUUUACGCUGCCAUCUCCAGUGCUGACCGCAUGCAGGCGGAGCCCGAAAGUCUGCGCAAGUGGAGGGAGGAGCAACUUGAAAGACUGGAGGUUCUGGAUGCGAACUCUCGUAAACAGGAAGCGGAGUGGAAGGAGAAAGCGAAGGAGGAGUUGGAAGAGUGGCACGCUCGACAAGACGAACAGCUCGCUAAGACUAAAAUCAACAACAGGGUUUUGGACGAGGAUUUCUACAAACAGCCCUUCGCUCACCUGAUUGGUUAUGUCACUCAUAUUAACCAUCCUUGCUACCGCCUAGACCAGUUAAGUAAAAAAACAGAACAGAAUCAUGAUGAUGAUGAUAAUUAUUUAAAAAAGUAGGAGAUGAUUAAAGGGGGAGUGAAUGAGUACUGAAGAAAUUGCUAAUGGCUAAUUUUCUAUCAAUGCUAAGGUUCUGGAUAUUGUUGUUGUCAUGGUGAUGUGCUGGUGGUUUUGGUAGCGUGUGUGUGUGCGUGAUUGGGCUUGCGAACAUGAAACAUACUGGCUCUCAUCCUCAUUUUGCUCUGCGCGUGUGUGUGUGUGUGUGUGGUGGUGUUAUUUGUUAUUGUGGUUGUUGUUUAUUAUUAUUAUUAUUAUUAUUAUUAUUAUUAUUAGACACUUAGCUUGCCAUGACUUGUAAUAAACCAUAAUAAAUCCUAAUUUUAGUCAAACACAGCCCGUAUCUAAGCAACCAUUCAAAUCUUCAUCUUACAGACACUCUGCAUCCCCAUUAAGUCAGUUUGUGCUUGGGGGCGUGUCCUAACUGAUCGUCCAACGAAACGCUGCGUAGCACUUCCGCCAGUCUUUACACCGCUGUAGUCCGAACUCCACCGAAACACACACCGUCAUCACGGCCUCCUGUCCUGCUGUGAUCGGAUUGGACAGUGAGGGCGAGGUCAGGCGGGCAUGUUCUAAAUCCUAUUGGCUGAUAUGGAAGUAAGGUCAGACCCUCAAGUAGCUUCAAACAGUAAUACAUCCACGAGACGUUCGCAGACUUUAUACAGCAAGGCCGCCUCAGACGCUCGACUCGACUCGGUGUUCCUUCUAAAUUUCAACAAAUGUUUAUAUAAAAACUGGACAAAUGGAAGGACAGAUGGAGCUGGAUGUCAUCAGUAUAGCAGUGAUGUGAGAAGCCAUGAGACUCAAUCACAGGCCCCAGAGAUGUAGUGUAACUAGAAAAGAGCAGUGGACCCAGAACCGAGCCCUGGGGAAUCCCAGUUGUGGGUUGCUGAGAUUCAGAAGCCCCGCCCCUCCACAAUACCUUCUGCCUGAGAGAUAUGACUCCACCCAGCGCAGAGGCGUUCCGGUGAUGUCGAGACCGGAGAGAGCCGACAGGAGGAUCUGACGGUUCAGUGUUAAAGGCAGCAGAGAGGUGGAGUCGGACGAGGACGGAGGAUCUCCAGGUUGAUCUUGUCUAGACGUAAGGCUUCAGGGACAGAGCGGUCUGUCUGGAGUGUCUGCUCUUGGAGCCGGACUGCUUGGUGUCCAGGAGGUUGUUCUGUGAGAAAAGUGAUUAAAGAGCGCCGAUUAAAACUUUUCAGUCGUUACCCUCUCUGAGCACGUUACCUUUUAUGGAGUUUUGUGGGCGUCACUAAAUGCAAAUGAGCCGUGUCAGGAUCAACAUACACACCCGAGUACAAAGAAAACCAGCGUUUCGGAAACGUCCGUACACCUGGCCGACAAUUUCAGGGGAAAAAAUGGUUUGGGGGAAAAAAGAUAUUUACAUUUAAUUACAAUAAUGCAACUCAACACAUGUAGAAC